CUGCAGAGUGCAGCUCAAAAAAAGGUGUAACUUUCUUGACCUGCCCUAUUAUGCCUGAAAUUCAUCGGAAUUGACAUUUCUUGUUGAGCACCAGAAAGACGCGCAGGAUAGUAUGCACGUCCAAUAGUCUAGUUGACUAUUUCGCAAAUUUCGGAGCAAUUUUAUCCAUGAUGGCGUAAAUGAUAUAAAUCAGAUUCUCUAGCCAUAAUUGGAGAAUACUUAUACGGGAUGUCUUCUUCUGCACACCUUAAGAUGUCUCAGAGCUAUCAAAGCCUGGAGGAGCUCGAUUACGACCACUUCGCCGAGGAUUACUAUACAGAAAAAAUUCGAGAAGCAAUGCACAAUUUUAAAGAUUUGAAAAAUGACCAAGUCGAAGACCUGGCUUCUACAUUCACAUCUCAAGAAAAUGUUAAAACUUCUGAAGUGUUCACUUCUUUCGAAAAAGUUAAAUUUUCCGGGCACAAUGAUACCCAACAUCCAAUAAGUUUCAUCGAAACUAUUGAAAAAAUAGCAAUUGAGGAUAAAUUAAACGAAAGCGAAAAGCAAUAUUAUUUCAUUGAGUCACUUGUUGAUGAUGCUGAAUUGUGGCUAAAGAAUUGUUGUCGAUUCGGAAGUUACGAGGAGAUGAAAAAUGAUUUUUUAAACUUCUACUGGAGUCCAAGUAAAGAACAAUCUUUUCUAGAACAUCUGGAAGUAGGAAAAUACGACAAAAAUUGCGGGUUGUCGAUGUCAGAAUAUUUUUUAAAGUACUUCAAUGGGGCACAAUUCUUGGAGACAACUUUCUCCAAUGAAGAACUGAUUUCAGAUCUUCUCCAACACUUUGAUUUUAACGAGGAAGUAAAAACUGCAUUUGAUCUUCAAUCAGUGAAAACCCUCGAAGAAGCUUUAAAUGUUUUAAAAAAGAUUGAAGCUUUGAAAAGUUGUGCUCUUGAAGAAAUUAAAUCUAUUCCUGUCUCUAAAAACUCAAGAAAAUCCUCUCGCAAAAGUAAAAAUGAAGUUUCUAUCGCAACACUCGAUGAGUUUGUUGUCAUAUUUAUGAUAGGUGUUAGCCUCGGUUUAUUUUUUUCGUUCAUUCCUUCACUUUUUGUUGGUAAUUCUAAAUCUUCAGAACUUAUCAACAUUCAAAACAAUUAUACACUUCAAGAAAUUCCACAUUACCAGAAAUUCAAUCCUUUCGAUACAUUGAAAUUCUCCGGAAGAUUAAAUUCAACCCAUCCAAAAAGUUUUAUUCAAAAUUUCGAGCACAUAGCAUCCGAGGAAAAGUUAGAUGCACACGCCAAGAAAUAUUAUUUCAUUCAAUCACUCGUCGAGGAUGCUCAGAAUUGGUUGAAUAUUCGUGGCUAUGGAACCUAUGACGAAAUGAAAGAGGCCUUGCUUGAUUUUUAUUGGAGUUCAGAGAUUCAAAAAUCGUUUCUAAAUUAUUUGAGGGAUGGAAAGUACGAGGAAAAAUCUGGGUUGUCGCUUAGUGGAUAUUUUUACAAGUAUGUAAAUGAGGCGAAAUUUCUAGAUGAUGCUCCCAGCGAAGAAAAAGUGAUUUCUUAUCUUCUAAAGCACUUUGAUUUAAAAAGGACAAUACGAAUAUCACUCGAUGUUCGACCACCGCAGACUAUUAAAGAAGCUGUGGAUUUUUUAGCUUCGGAUAUUGCUCAUUUCGACCAGGAAUAUUUUAAUCUAGAGAUUGGUGUCAUUUGUUCACGUCUCUUAUUUUUCAUUCUUACAGUUUUAUCAUUUUUAUUUUUGUUUCAGUUUCUGAACAUUCUAAUUUUGAUGCAUUCACUUCUUCGAACGACGAUUCAGUUGGUUAAAUACCUUAAUAGCCAAGGUCAAUCUGGGAGCAAUUAGGAAAUAAUAUGUGGAAUUGUAUGCUGUCUGUAAUAUUAAUUAUUAUAAGGUACGAUUUAUGUUCGACAAUUUCAACCUUCGAAAUAUCACUUGUGCAAAUACCAAGAAAGUAAUUUCGACAUUUUUUGGAUAUAAUAUACAUACUAUAUAUUUAUGUACGCUUUAUUCAAGGAAAAGUAAAAGAUAAGAAAUAAAUCAAUUUUUUACUUUUAUGAAAAAAUGUUGUAGUGACGAUAUAAUGAUAAAUUAAACAAAACUUAAAAC